CAUCCUCAAGCUACAAGCAACCUGGUUGGAAAGGUUAUAAAAAACAAGUUUGUAAACCCAAAAAGAGAUUACACUCCAACAGAAAUUGUGGAUGACAUGGCAGAUGAUUACAGUGUCUCUAUAUCUUACCAAAAAGCAUGGAGAGCUAGAGAAAAGGCAAUUGUGGAUGCUCGUCGCUGCCCACAAGAAUCAUACAGUGAGAUACCAUCAAUUUUAUACAUGAUGCAAAUAUCAAACCCAGGAACAAUCACAGACCUAGUAACAGAUGAAGAUAACAAAUUCAAAUAUCUAUACUUUGCAGUAGGUGCUUCAAUAAAAGGUUGGCAACACUGUACACCAAUAAUAGUCACAGAUGGAACCUUUUUGACAAACCAACAUGGAGGCACUUUGUUGAUAGCAAGUGCACAAAAUGCAAAUAGACAUAUAUUCCCACUUGCAUUUGCAGUAGUAGAUUCCGAAAAUGACAGCUCUUGGGAAUGGUUUCUUCACAAAAUAAAGGAAACUUAUGGCGAAAGAGAAGGUCAAUGCAUCGUAUCAGAUAGACAUGAGAGUAUACUAAAAGCAGUAAAAGAGACCUUUCCAGAUAUAAUGCAUGGGGUAUGUUGUUACCAUUUGAUGAAGAAUAUAAAAAUGAAAUUCAAAAAAGGAGGUGAUGAGCUCAAGAUUGCAUUUAAUAGUGCAUCUAAAGCUUACAACAUAGAAGAUUUUGAAAAGAGCAUGCAAGACUUGGACAAUAUAGAUGUAAGAAUAAGAGAUUACUUGGUGAAUGAAAUUGGUGUCGAAAAGUGGACAAGACUAUAUGGCAUGAACAGGAGAUACAAAACAAUGACAUCAAAUAUUGCCGAAUCAGUCAAUGCAGCCUUGAAAGCAGUAAGAGACCUACCCAUCGCAACUCUACUAGAAUGCCUACAUUCAUUGGUGCAAAGAUGGUAUUGGGAAAACAAGAAUAGAGCCCAAAAAACUACAACAACACUGGCAAAAAUACCUGAAAAAACAUUAAAGAAACAAAGAGAUAUGAGUUUAAAGUACAAGGUAAUUAUGUAUACAGAAAAAUAAAAAUUGCUUACAAACAUAUUUACUCUGUUGUAAACUUAAUAAUCGUUUACUUG